AUGCAGCCAGUCCGCACAGAGAGAAAACGUUUUUCUCAGUCAAUAGCAGGAUACCUGGAAAAAGCCCGGUGGGUGGGAAAACGCCCCCCAAAGAACCAGAACAAGCGAAAGAAAGAGGAGAGUUCUGAUUCCGGCAGUGAGGAUGAGGAUGGGGAAUGGGAUCGGGAUAAGGGAUCAGGGAUCGGGAUAAGGGAUCAGGAGCGGCUGCGGCCGCACGAACCCUCGGUGCGGGAGGUGGCGGAGCGCGGUCCCGGCUGGCCCGGAGGCACCACCAGGAGGAGGAUCGGGAUCGGGAGGAGGAUCGGGAUCGGGAGGAGGAUCGGGAUCGGGAGGAGGAUCGGGAUCGGGAAGAAGAUCAGGAGGAGGAUCGGGAUCGGGAGGAAGAUCAGGAGGAGGAUCGGGAUCGGGAGGAAGAUCAGGAGGAGGAUCAGGAUCAGGUCAGGCAGGGCUCGGCGGCUCCGGGCUGUUGCUGCUCCAUCCCGCGGGGCUCCGCAGGGACAGCCAGGGAAAUCUGCCCUGUCCUUGCGGCCAGCAGAGCUCCGGAGCCCCAGCGCGGCUGGCAGUAGAGGGAGUAAAGACCUGAGGAAAUCCCAGAUGAUGGCUUCUGAUGCCAGUCACAUGCUGGAGGCAGCUUUGGAGCAGAUGGAUGACAUCAUUGCAGGCACAAAGUCAGCCACAGAGUAUGCUAAUGGUGGUUAUGGCAUCGUGUCCCCCGCUCCAUCCGUGUACCUGGGCACCUUCCAGAUCCUGCACCUCCUGGAAGAUCUGAAGAUGGCCCUGGAGAUGCUGGAGGACCCCCAGGAGAAGGAGGCACUGAGGAACCAAAUCCCAGGGGCCACAGCAGUGUGUCUGAGGGAGUGGUUUGAGGAGAACCUGGUGAGUUCUUACUCCAGCUUUUCCAUUUUGGCUGCAAACAGGGUCGGCUCAAGUGUUUUCAUAGUGAAAUGAUUUUUAUAAUGGCUGAAAUCUGAGUACUCAGGGAGCUGCAGGGGCUGGUGAGCAGAA